AUGACCAGCAACUUAAGUGAUGAGGAUAGUGAUGGUGGGAAGACAGGAAUUGGAAAGAGUGCCACUGGAAACAGCAUCCUGGGAAAAAAGUGCUUUGAAUCAAAAUGCAGUGCUCAGUCUAUGACUGAAUACUGUUCUAAGGCCAAUGCUGUGGUGCACGGACAACAGGUUGCUGUUAUCGACACCCCCGGCCUGUGUGACACCAGACACAGCAAGGAUAAAACAACUAAAGACAUAAGCCAGUGCAUCUCUUAUGCUGCUCCUGGACCCCAUGUCUUCCUGGUGGUCAUCGGGAUAGGAAGAUUCACAGAGGAAGAAAUGAAUACAGUGCAGAGGAUUCAAGAAAUCUUUGGCCAAGCUGCAGACAAAUACAGCAUGGUGCUCUUCACUCGUGGUGAUGACCUUGACGAUACUAUUGAAAAGUUCUUGGAUGAAAGUCCAGACCUGCAGGAACUCGUAGCCAGAUGUAACGGCCAGUACCAUGUCUUCAAAAACAAGGUGAAGGAUGACGCUCAGGUCACCGAGCUGCUCCAGAAGAUCAGAAAUAUAGUCCAGAAGAACGGAGGAAGCCACUACACCAACGAGAUGUUCCAAGAGGCCGAGAGGGCAAUCGAGGCAGAGAAACAACGCAUCCUCAAAGAGAAAGAAGAACAAAUACGCAGAGAACAAGAGGAACUGGAGAAAAAACAACAGGAAAAAUUUGAAAAAGAGAUGAAGAAAAUGCUUGCCUUAUUUGAGGCUGAGAGAGAGAGGGAGAGGAAACAGAGAGAAGAGGAGAGGAAGAGGGAGAGUAAACAGAUAGAGGAGGAGAGGAAGGGGGAGAAGAAGGAGUGGAAGAGGGAGAAGAAGGAGAUGGAAGAGCACAGGAAGAGGGAGAGUAAACAGAGAGAGGAGGAGAGGAAGAGAGAGACGGAGGAGAUGGAAGGUGAAGACGUGUGA